AUGCCUCGUUACGCACAGCUCGUUAUUGGUCCUGCUGGAAGCGGAAAGAGCACUUACUGUUCCACUAUGGUCCAACAUUCAGAAUCCCUAAACCGCUCAGUGCAGGUGGUCAACCUGGACCCAGCGGCAGAGCACUUUGAUUAUCCAGUGAUGGCAGAUAUUCGGGAGCUGAUUCAAGUGGACGAUGUAAUGGAAGACGACUCUCUUAGAUUUGGUCCUAACGGUGGCCUGGUUUUCUGUAUGGAAUAUUUUGCAAACAACUUUGACUGGUUAGCCGAGGCUCUGGGUCAUACAGACGAUGACUACAUAUUCUUUGACUGUCCAGGUCAGAUCGAACUCUAUACACAUUUGCCUGUAAUGAAGCAGCUUGUUGAUCAGCUGCAGCAGUGGGAGUUCAGAGUGUGUGGCGUGUUUCUUGUGGACUCUCAGUUCAUGGUGGAGUCAUUCAAGUUUAUUUCGGGUGUCAUGGCGGCUCUCAGUGCGAUGAUUUCACUUGAGAUCCCCCAGGUAAACAUCAUGACUAAAAUGGACCUGCUGAGUCCCAAAGCAAAAAAAGAAAUAGAAAAAUAUCUUGAUCCAGAUAUGUAUUCAAUGAUGGAGGACAGUUCAGACUCUAUCAAAAGUAAACGGUUUAAGAAGCUCACUCAGGCCAUCUGUGGGAUUAUAGACGACUAUUCCAUGGUGAGGUUCUUGCCCUUUGACCGAACAGAUGAGGAGGGAAUUAACAUUGUGCUGCAACACAUAGACUUUUCUAUUCAGUACGGAGAAGACUUGGAGUUCAAGGAGCCGAAGGACUUGGAUGAAGAAGAGUUGAAUUAUGAUGAGAUUUUUCAGGGCAAAUCUGAAUGUUGA